CCCGGCGCCGCGCUGGAGACGCCCGUGGGCUUCACGUGGAUCCCGCUGCUCCAGCACGGCCGCCUGCGCACCGGCCCCUUCUGCCUCCCCGUGUCCGUGGACCAGCCGCCGCCCAGCUACUCCGUGCUCACCCCGGACGUGGCACUGCCGGGCAUGCGCUGGGUGGACGGGCACAAGGGUGUGUUCAGCGUGGAGCUCACUGCGGUGUCCUCCGUGCACCCCCAGGACCUGCACCUGGAUAAGUUCUUCACGCUGGUGCACGUCCUGGAGGAGGGGACCUUCCCGUUCCGGCUCAAGGACACCGUGCUCAGCGAGGGCACCGUGGAGCAGGAGCUGAGGGCCAGCCUGGCGUCCCUGCGCCUGGCCAGCCCCGAGCCCCUCGUGGCCUUCUCCCACCACGUCCUGGACAAGCUCGUGCGUCUGGUUGUGCGGCCCCCGAUCAUCGGCGGCCAGAUUGUGAACCUGGGCCGUGGGGCCUUUGAAGCGAUGGCCCACGUAGUCAGCCUCGUCCACCGGAGCCUGGAGACCGCCCAGGACACGCGUGGUCACUGCCCGCAGCUCGCAGCCUACGUCCACUAUGCCUUUCGCCUGCCUGGCACUGAGCCCGGCCUCCCAGGUGGGGCCCCUCCGGUGACAGUGCAGGCUGCCACCCUGGCCCGUGGCUCCGGUCGCCCCGCAAGCCUCUACCUGGCCCGUUCCAAGAGCAUCAGCAGCAGCAACCCCGACCUGGCCGUGGCCCCCGGCUCCGUGGACGAUGAGGUUUCCCGCAUCCUGGCCAGCAAGGGCAUCGACCGCUCGCACUCCUGGGUGAAUUCCGCUUACGCUCCGGGAGGCAGCAAGGCUGUGCUGCGGCGGGCGCUCCCCUAUUGCGGGGCCGACCCCAGACAGGCCACCGACCGCAACUCUGGCCGAGCCUCCUCCUACCUCGAGGGCUCCUCCUCGGCCCUGCCAGCCACCCAGCCGAGACCCACUAUGCAGAAGCUGCUGCACGAGGAGCUGGCGCUGCAGUGGGUGGUCAGCAGCAGCGCCGUGCGCGAGGCUGUCCUGCAGCACGCCUGGUUCUUCUUCCAGCUCAUGGUGAAGAGUAUGGCGCUGCACCUGCUUCUCGGCCAGCGGCUGGACACGCCCCGCAAGCUGCGCUUCCCUGGGCGCUUCUUGGAUGACAUUGCAGCCUUGGUAGGCUCUGUGGGCCUGGAGGUCACCACCCGUGUCCACAAGGAUGUGGAGCUGGCCGAGCGCCUCAACGCCAGCCUGGCCUUCUUCCUCAGCGACCUGCUGUCCCUGGCUGACCGCGGCUUCGUCUUCAGCCUGGUCCGGGCCCACUACAAGCAGGUGGCCACGCGGCUCCAGUCGUCCCCCAACCCGGCGGCGCUCCUGACCCUGCGCAUGGAGUUCACCCGCAUCCUGUGCAGCCACGAGCACUACGUGACCCUCAACCUCCCCUGCUGCCCGCUGUCGCCCCCGGCCUCGCCCUCCCCCUCCGUCUCCUCCACCACCUCCCAGAGCUCCACCUUCUCCAGCCAGGCCCCGGACCCCAAGGUGACCAGCAUGUUCGAGCUGAGCGGGCCCUUCCGGCAGCAGCACUUCCUGGCGGGGCUCCUGCUGACGGAGCUGGCGCUGGCCCUGGAUCCCGAAGCUGAGGGGGCAUCCGUGCUGCACAAGAAGGCCAUCAGCGCCGUGCACAGCCUGCUCUGCAGUCACGACACUGACUCCCGCUACGCCGAGGCCGCCGUGAAGGCUCGCGUGGCCGAGCUGUACCUGCCGCUGCUGUCAAUCGCUCGGGACACGCUGCCACGGCUGCAUGACUUUGCCGAGGGCCCAGGCCAGCGGUCACGGCUGGCCUCGAUGCUCGACUCAGACAUAGACGGUGAAGGGGACUUUGGAGCUACCAUCAACCCCUCCGUGGCCAUGGCCAUCGCUGGCGGCCCCCUGGCCCCCGGGUCCCGGGCCAGCAUCUCCCAGGGGCCCCCCACGACCUCUCGCUCGGGCUGUCCGCUGUCGGCGGAGGCCAGCCGGACGCUGCUGGCGUGCGUGCUGUGGGUGCUGAGGAGCGCGGAGCCCGCCCUGCUGCAGCGCUGGGCCGCCGACCUGGCGCUCCCGCAGCUCGGCCGCCUCCUGGACUUGCUGUACCUCUGCCUGGCCGCCUUCGAGUACAAGGGGAAAAAGGCCUUUGAGCGCAUCAACAGCCUCACGUUCAAGAAGUCGCUGGACAUGAAGGCGCGGCUCGAGGAGGCCAUCCUGGGCACCAUCGGGGCCCGGCAGGACAUGGUCCGGCGGAGUCGCGAGCGGAGCCCCUUUGGGCCCCAGGAGAACGUGCGCUGGCGGAAGAGCGUCACCCACUGGAGACAGACCUCGGACCGCGUGGACAAGACCAAGGAUGAAGUGGAACACGAGGCUUUGGUGGAGGGGAACCUGGCAACCGAGGCGAGCCUGGUGGUUCUAGACACACUGGAGAUCAUCGUGCAGACGGUAAUGCUGUCGGAGGCCCGGGAGAGCGUCUUGGGUGCGGUGCUGAAGGUCGUGUUGUACAGUCUGGGCACUGCCCAGAGCGCCCUCUUCUUGCAGCACGGCCUGGCCACCCAGCGGGCCCUGGUGUCCAAGUUCCCAGAGCUGCUGUUCGAGGAGGACACGGAGCUGUGCGCAGACCUGUGCCUGCGGCUCCUGCGGCACUGCGGCAGCCGCGUCGGCGCCAUCCGCACGCACGCCAGCGCCUCGCUCUACCUGCUCAUGCGCCAGAACUUCGAGAUCGGCCACAACUUCGCCCGAGUGAAGAUGCAGGUGACCAUGUCACUUUCGUCCCUGGUGGGCACGGCGCAGAACUUCAGCGAGGAGCACCUGCGCCGGUCACUCAAAACCAUCCUCACCUACGCCGAGGAGGACGUGGGCCUGCGGGACAGCACCUUCGCCGAGCAGGUGCAGGACCUGAUGUUCAACCUGCACAUGAUCCUGACCGACACGGUGAAGAUGAAGGAGCACCAGGAGGACCCCGAGAUGCUCAUAGACCUCAUGUACAGGAUCGCGCGGGGCUACCAGGGCUCCCCGGACCUGCGGCUCACGUGGCUGCAGAACAUGGCGGGCAAGCACGCGGAGCUGGGCAACCACGCCGAGGCCGCGCAGUGCAUGGUGCACGCCGCCGCCCUGGUGGCCGAGUACCUGGCCCUGCUCGAGGACCGCCGCCACCUGCCCGUGGGCUGCGUGUCCUUCCAGAACAUCUCGUCCAAUGUGCUGGAGGAGUCUGCCAUCUCCGAUGACAUCCUGUCACCGGACGAGGAGGGCUUCUGCUCGGGGAAGCACUUCACGGAGCUGGGGCUGGUGGGCUUGCUGGAGCAGGCGGCCGCCUACUUCACCAUGGGCGGGCUCUAUGAAGCAGUGAAUGAGGUCUACAAGAACCUCAUCCCCAUCCUGGAAGCCCACCGGGAUUACAAGAAGCUGGCCGCCGUGCACGGCAAACUGCAGGAAGCCUUCACCAAGAUCAUGCACCAGAGCUCUGGCUGGGAGCGCAUGUUCGGGACCUAUUUCCGCGUGGGCUUCUACGGCGCCCGCUUCGGCGACCUGGACGAGCAGGAGUUCGUGUACAAAGAGCCGUCCAUCACCAAGCUGGCGGAGAUCUCGCACCGGCUGGAGGAGUUCUACACAGAGAGGUUCGGGGACGACGUGGUGGAGAUCAUCAAGGACUCUAACCCCGUGGACAAGUCCAAGCUCGACCCCCAGAAGGCCUACAUCCAGAUCACCUACGUGGAGCCGUACUUCGACACCUACGAGCUCAAGGACCGCGUGACCUACUUCGACCGCAACUACGGGCUGCGCACCUUCCUGUUCUGCACGCCCUUCACGCCCGACGGGCGCGCGCACGGCGAGCUGCACGAGCAGCACAAGCGCAAGACGCUGCUCAGCACCGACCACGCCUUCCCCUACAUCAAGACGCGCAUCCGCGUGUGCCACCGCGAGGAGACAGUGUUGACGCCUGUCGAAGUGGCCAUCGAGGACAUGCAGAAGAAGACACGAGAGCUGGCCUUUGCCACCGAGCAGGACCCGCCCGACGCCAAGAUGCUGCAGAUGGUGCUGCAGGGCUCCGUGGGGCCCACCGUGAACCAGGGUCCCCUGGAGGUGGCCCAGGUGUUUCUGGCAGAGAUCCCGGAAGACCCCAAACUCUUCCGGCAUCACAACAAACUGCGGCUGUGCUUCAAGGACUUCUGCAAGAGGUCCCUCUGCAUGCCUCGCCCCACCUUCUGGACGCCCCCACGCCCCAUCUUGCUCUCUCCCCCCGCGCCUCCGCGCCGCAGGUGUGAAGACGCGCUGCGCAAGAACAAGGCCCUGAUCGGGCAGGACCAGCGCGAGUACCACCGCGAGCUGGAGCGCAACCACUGCCGCCUGCGCGAGGCCCUGCAGCCCCUGCUCGCCCAGCGCCUGCCCCCGCUGCUGGCGCCGGCCCCGGCCAGCCUCAGGAACUCUUUGAACAGAGCAAGUUUCCGGAAGGCAGACCUCUGAGCCGGCUGGGCCUGAAGCCACACUCGGGGGCCCAGCGCCCAUGCCUCAGCUGCCUGUGCCUUGCUGGGACUCUCCCCCACUGCCCGCUCGGCCGUGGGGUGGCCGCAGUGUGCUCGGGGCUGGGCCCUCUGUCCCUCUAUCUGUUCCCGUCUGUGUGCACUGAUACUCCCCCUCCCAUUGUUAAUUUAAAAUGGUUUUUAUAAGCAA